CAACUGGUGUUAGUCGUGCGAGGAAAAAAUAUUUUUUUUUGCGAAACGAACUUUUUAAACGAAACCGAACGAACGACGUGUAACGGCAGCCAAACGCGCGGUUGCAUGAUUUCGAAACCAUCUAGUGCUUUGUUGCAUUUCACGACGAAAUAUAAAUUCAAUUUUUAUAUGAAUGCAGCAUACGAGGGCGCAGUACAUAAUUAUAUUUGCAACCUAACAUAUUGAUUUAGAAAAUAAAAUCUAAAUUUAUGAAGUGACUUAAGUACUAACGAAACACACACACACAGCUUGGAGAGGAGUUUUGAAACCAAAACAAGGAAUUUACGACAAAUCAUGGGACGGUUUACAUUUUUGGUCCUAUGCGGACUGAUACUGUCGGCCGUCUCAUUUAAUGGUGCCUUCGUCAAUGGCGACGACUCCAAUGUUGGACCGAGCGAAGCUCAAUGCCGUCCCUAUAUUGAAAAGGCGAUAAACGAACUGAAAACAGGUGAACCCAGCGAUGGUAUAGAGGCAGGUGAUGUCCCUAGCGCCGAAGCUAUAUCCGCCGAAGUCUCAACGAACAAUGAACCCGAUCAGCAAGACGACAAUGGAAUCGAUUCAGGUGAAAUGCAAUCCGAUCAACCGGUUGGCGAUGAAAAAGAGACUGUCGAAAUAACCGAUGCCGAAUCCGUGGAAGAAGGUGAAAAACCUGUCGAUACCGAUGGUGAUGGCAUACGCAAUGAAGAUGAUACCGAUAUCGAUGGUGAUAAUAAACCAAAUGAACAAGAUGAAGAUAUGGAUGGUGAUGGUAUUUUAAAUGAGGAGGAUGAUGAUAUCGAUGGUGAUGUUAUACCAAAUGAGAGUGAUCCCGAUAUCGAUGGUGAUGGUGUAUUGAAUGUUGACGAUCGCGAUAUCGAUGGUGAUGGCGUACCAAAUGUGAUCGAUCAUGAUCUUGACGGUGAUGGUGUGCCGAAUAUUGUCGAUAAGGAUAUUGAUGGCGAUGGUGUGAGCAAUGCCAACGAUAAUGAUCUAGAUGGUGAUGGCAUACCCAAUGAUGAAGAUGAUGACAUUGACGGUGAUGGCAUACCGAAUGAUCAGGAUGAUGAUAUCGAUGGUGACGGCAUACCCAACGAUCAAGACGAUGAUAUCGAUGGUGAUGGUAUACCAAAUAGCCAAGAUGAUGAUAUAGAUGGUGAUGGCAUACCGAAUGACCAGGAUAAUGAUAUCGAUGGUGAUGGCAUACCCAACGAUCAAGACGAUGAUAUCGAUGGUGACGGUAUACCUAAUAGUCAAGAUGAUGAUAUCGAUGGCGAUGGCAUACCAAAUGAUCAGGACGAUGACAUCGAUGGUGAUGGCAUUCCCAAUAAUGAGGAUGAAGAUAUCGACGGCGAUGGUAUACCGAAUGAAAAGGAUAAUGACAUCGAUGGCGAUGGCAUACCAAAUGAAGAGGAUACUGAUAUCGAUGGCGAUGGCAUACCAAAUGAAGAGGAUACUGAUAUCGAUGGCGAUGGCAUACCGAAUGAUGAAGAUGACGAUCUGGAUGGCGAUGGCAUACCAAAUAAGGAUGAUGAUGACAUCGAUGGAGAUGGUGUAUCGAAUGAAGAUGAUGCGGACAUUGAUGGUGAUGGCGUGCCAAAUGAGAGUGAUGAAGAUAUUGAUGGCGAUGGCAUUAAAAAUGAACAAGACGAUGAUAUUGAUGGCGACGGUGUGGCUAACGAACUGGACAAUGACAUCGAUGGUGAUGGUGAACCCAACGAGGCGGAUAAAGACAUUGACGGCGAUGGCGUGCUCAAUCACGACGAUGUCGACAUCGAUGGAGAUGGCAUACCGAAUGAACAUGACCACGAUGUUGAUGGAGAUGGCAUGCCCAAUGAGGAGGAACCCAAGAGUUUGGAUAUUGAUGGUGAUGGUAUUCCCAAUGAUGAUGACAGCGACAUUGAUGGUGACCUUAAGCCAAAUGAAGUAGACGACGAUAUGGACGGUGAUGGCAUACUAAACGUACAUGACCGUGACGUCGAUGGUGACGGUGUGCCCAAUAUUCAUGAUGAGGAUAGCCUCGAAGCGGAAGAAUUGGCGUCCCGUCAAAAACGCGAUGUUGGCGCUGAACCAGUCUCCGUUGAAGCUGGUGAGGAGCAAGAAGAGCCUAGCCAAGAGAAGCCUGGCGAUAUUGACGGCGAUGGCAUACCAGAUCACGAAGAUGAUGACAAAGACGGUGACGGCGUACCCGAUCAUAAGGACGACGACAUCGAUGGCGAUGGCAUACCAAAUGAACAGGAUACGGACAGAGAUGGCGAUGGUAUACCCAAUGAACACGAUGAUGACGAUGGUGAAGAGCAUGAGGAAAAGGAAGAUGAUUCCAAACCAGAAGAUGAAACCAAAACAGAAGAUGACACCAAACCCGAAGAUGAAUUGUUGUGGGAGGGCGAAAUACCCGCUCAGCUCCGCAGCCGUGAUCACAUUACCGAGCUGCUGCAAUUGAAUGCCGAAUUCAACGCACGCGAGAAGGCUGUGGACAAUGUGGCCGAGAUCAUUUUGCGCGACAUUAAGCGCAUCUACGAGAGCGCCAUCAAGCCACUGGAAACCCUCUACAAAUACCGUGACUUGAGCAAUCGCCACUUCAGUGAUCCGGAAAUUUUCUCGAAGCCAUUGGUAUUGUUUAUGGGACCAUGGUCGGGUGGUAAAUCGACCAUCAUAAACUACCUAACUGGCAAUGAAUAUACACCAAACUCAUUGAGAUCAGGCGCGGAACCUUCACCUGCCUACUUCAACAUCCUGACUUGGGGCAAUGAGACUGAGGUGCUGGACGGCACACAGCUUGCCGCUGACUACACCUUCUCUGGCUUGCAGAAAUUCGGUGAAGGCUUAGAAGAACGUCUACGUGGGCUGAAAAUGCCAAACAAAUUGUUGGAAAAGGUCAACAUCGUUGAGAUUCCCGGCAUUUUGGAAGUACGCAAACAGGUCUCUCGUCUUUUCCCCUUCAACGAUGCUUGUCAGUGGUUUAUCGAUCGUGCCGAUAUCAUAUUCCUCGUCUACGAUCCGGCCAAACUUGAUGUUGGCCCCGAGACCGAGGCUAUAUUGGAUCAACUUAAGGGCAGAGAAUAUCAAACGCGCAUUAUCUUGAACAAAGCUGAUACCGUGAAACCCGAAGAGCUUUUGCGCGUACAGAGCGCACUCAUUUGGAAUAUCUCGCCGCUAAUGUCCUCCGCACAGCCGCCUUUGGUGUAUACAUCAUCGUUGUGGUCGCAUCCCUAUCAAGAGGGUGCACCGGCACGUCUGCUGUUGGCGCAGGAGCGCGCGUUCUUGCGCGAUUUACGCACUGCUGUCGACAAGAGGAUCGAACAUAAGAUUGCCAGUGCGCGUCGUUUCGCUGUGCGCGUCCGCAAUCAUGCCAAAAUGGUGGAUUGCUACCUCAAUACCUACUACAACCACAAGACCCUCUUCGGCAAUAAGAAACGCAUCGCCGAUGAAAUUAUCAACCACCCACAGAACUAUCAUAUCUACGAGGGCCUCUCAACACUGACCAACAUUUCGCGCUACGAUUUGCCAGACCCCGAAGUCUAUCGCGACUUCUUUCGCCUUAAUCCGCUUUACGAGUUCAAGAAACUGUCCGAGACCUGCACGUACUUCCGUGGUUGCCCGAUUACUAAGCUGGAUGUAGCGAUCGCUUAUGAUCUGCCCGAAUUGGCUGGUAAAUAUAAGAAGAUGGCCGAAUCGGCGCUCGCCAACAUUGAGAGCAAAGGAGCUGCGGAUGCUGAACCGGUAGGAAAAGACUCUGGCAAGAGCACGAAAAGUUGAGCUACUCAAACCAAAAACUGCACUGAAAGUUGUCCAAAAAUAAUGCACACAAAAUAAAUCAAGCAAGAUCUACAAGCACUGGACAAAUGCAGAAUAAGACAGCUACACACAAACCAAACAUACGUGCUUAUGUAAACGAGUAAAUAGAGAUUUGGGCGAAAAGAAACCACGUCCAAAACAAAUAAAAGAGAUACAUUUUAAUUGAAAAAGAAAAAAAAAACAAAAAACAUUAAUUGCCGAAAUUGAACAAAAUUGCCGACUAAGAGAGAGAGACAUUAGUUAUAAUUUAUAAACAAACAAAACAGUGAGAGAGAGUGAGCGAUCCAACAGCGAAACAAUCAAAUUUGCUGAAACUAUACAACUUAACGAGACAAAACCAAAUAAUAAAAGUAAAAAAGAAUAUAAAAAAACUGUCAAUCGAAAUUCCUUAAAUAUAAUAACACCAUAAAAACAUACUUAAGGAAAAGAGAGAGAGAGAGACAACACACACACACACGUACAUUUACUUACUAACUAAUUUAACGAGUGGGAGGGACGAGACAAAAGGGAUAAUAGCAAAAUCUUAUAAAGUCCAUAUGCGCUCGAGCAUUGGCCAUAAAUAAGCAUUAAAGAGGGAGAGAU